AUGACAGAGGUUGCGGCCCUGUCUGAGGCCAAUGGAGAACCUCCCACUCCUGGAAACCUCGAUGGGGAGCUCCUCCAUGAGAACCUCUGCCGCCACCACAUACCCUUCAAUAAAGACAAGCUCAAGGUUGCCAUUGGCCUCGGCAUAGCCUUCAUCAACGACCUUGGCUUGUUUGAUGGGGGCGAGCGGGAGACCUACGAGGCCUGCAUCGAAGCCGGCAAACCCCCCUCCUGCCUGGCCUGCAUCCAGGCUGCUACUCGCCAGGAGGCCAUCCCUCCGCUGCUGGAGGCGGCCCACUGCCUGGUGGAGUUGCUCAUCCUGGUGCGAAAGGACCUGAACAAGCUGUAUGACCUGCACAUGCGCGUGAGCGCGUGCUCGGUCCUGCUGGGCGUCACCGUCUUUGCCGUGGCCACCAUCGUUGAGGAGUCCAAUUCCUGCGGCACUGCCAGCUGCUUUGUGCUGGAGGGCACGGCACUGGCCUGCUACGUGCUGGCCCUGAACUGUGGCAUGCGGCUGGCCUUCAUCUACGGCAUCAGGAAGAUCCAGACCGCGGUGGAGGGCGACAUCCUGCGCUCCGGCUGGGAGCGGGAGCUGCAUACUCGCACACGCCUGGACCUGAAGCCGGGGCUGAGGCGGUCGCUGCUCAGGUUCUCCCACAACGAGGCGCAGCUGUUCUGGAGGGAGCUCAAGGGCUGGUUCCGGAAAGAGUUUUUGGCACCUGCCAAACCAAAGACGUAG